GGACACCUCGUGUUGAUAACUAGGGGCCUUUCAAACACACUUCUGCAUCAGGCAAGUGAAGAUGGCGGAUGUGUUGAGUGUUCUUCGUCAAUACAAUAUCCAAAAAAAGGAAAUUGUCGCAAAGGGAGAUGAAGUUAUAUUUGGAGAGUUCUCCUGGCCGAAAAAUGUCAAGACCAACUACAUUAUCUGGGGAACUGGGAAAGAGGGUCAGCCUAAAGAAUACUAUACUUUGGACUCUAUUUUGUUUUUGCUCAACAAUGUACAUCUACCACAUCCGUCCUACGUGCGAAGGGCUGCGACAGAGAACAUCCCUGUUGUUCGAAGGCCUGAUAGAAAGGGCUUGCUUUCUUACCUUAAUGGCGAAAGCUCAACAUCAACUAGUAUUGACAGAAGUGCACCCAUAGAAAUUGGCCUGCAAAGACCAACUCAAGUCAAAAGAGCUGCUGAUGAGGUUUCUACAGAAGCCAAAAAACCCAGGAUUGAGGAUGAGGAACGAGUGCGUUUGGACAAGGAGCGUUUGGCUGCUCGUUUGGAGGGCCACAAAGAGGGUAUCGUACAGACUGACCAGAUCAGAUCGCUGUCUGAGGCCAUGUCAGUGGAGAAGAUUGCAGCCAUUAAAGCCAAGAUUAUGGCCAAGAAGCGGUCCACCAUCAAAACUGAUUUGGACGAUGACAUAACUGUGAAACAGAGAAGCUUUGUGGACGCUGAAGUAGAUGUCACUCGAGACAUUGUCAGCAGAGAACGGGUCUGGAGGACAAGGACAACCAUUCUUCAGAGCACAGGAAAGAACUUCUCCAAGAACAUCUUUGCCAUCCUUCAGUCGGUGAAAGCCAGAGAAGAAGGGCGAGCCCCUGAGCAAAGACCAGCACAGAACACAACUCAAGUGGACCCUUCGCUAAGGAACAAGCAGCCAGUGCCUGCGGCCUAUAACAGAUACGAUCAGGAGAGAUUCAAAGGAAAAGAGGAAACGGAAGGUUUCAAGAUCGAUACCAUGGGUACCUACCAUGGAAUGACGCUUAAGUCAGUAACGGAAGGUGCAUCUGCUCGGAAGGCUCAGACUCCUGCACUACAACCUGUACCUCGCCCAGUUUCACAAGCCAGACCUCCACCAAAUCAGAAAAAAGGGUCCCGCACUCCCAUCAUCAUCAUCCCGGCCGCCACCACCUCACUCAUCACAAUGCUGAACGCCAAAGAUCUGUUGCAAGAUCUCAAAUUCAUCACAUCAGACGAGAAAAAGAAGCAAGGCAUCCAGCGCGAUAAUGAGGUUCUUCUUCAGAGGCGCAAAGACCAGAUCCAACCUGCCGGCAACACGCUCUCUGUCACCGUCCCCUACAGAGUCAUCGACCAGCCUCUCAAACUCGCACCGCAGGACUGGGACCGAGUGGUAGCUGUGUUUGUACAGGGUCCUGCCUGGCAAUUUAAGGGCUGGCCCUGGCUGCUGCCUGAUGGUUCUCCAGUCGACAUUUUCGCCAAGAUUCGAGCUUUUCACCUGAAGUAUGACGAGGCCAAGACGGACCCCAACGUACAGAAAUGGGAUGUAACAGUCCUGGAGCUCAGUCGCCACCGGCGCCAUUUGGACCGACCCAUCUUUCUACGUUUUUGGGAAACGCUGGACAGAUACUUGGUGAAACACAAAUCUCACCUCAGGUUUUAAACGUCCAAAACCCGAAAAUCCCAAUCAACUCUCUGGCCCUGUUACUCUGCUCAGCCCGGUUCUACCUGCGAUGAGCCGCCGUGCCAUAUUUCAACGCAAUGCUCUAAGGAGAGGCAUAAUGGAGGACCCAAUGGAUUCCCUGAGCACUUAAAAUGCAAACGUUGCUCUUUACAAAGAGAGGAUUUAAUUUUCUUUUUUUAUGGGAUUUUCUUUAUGUUCUGAUAUCGGCAAACGUGCCCAUAAUCCAUAUUUCUUUUCGAUAUUACAGAUAUCAUACUAUUGUUCACUGCAGUUGAUGGGGAUAGAGUCCAUCACCAUCAAUGGUAGCAAAUUGCUCAAAAGAAUAAGACAUUUAAGCUUCAGGCUUCAUGUUUGCGCUCAGUGAAAGGGAAUUUUGUAACUUGUCCGCUCGGUUAAGUCACAUUUGCCACUGCGUUGGAGAGUUUAUGUUGCGGUAUGAUGUAUAUACUCAAGCUGAAAGCCUAUGAGGUGAAGAAACACUUUUAAUACUUUAGGUAAUUUCCUUUCAGCUCUGUUUUUUUGACGCAUUCUUUUUGAGAUACUCGGCCAGACGAUGACCCGGUUCCAAGCUUCAGUUUGCUUUGUUGAUGUCAUCAUAGAGGAGCGGGAUUUAUUAAAUCAAGAGUUAAAUAGAAAAAUAAACACCUUUAAGAACCUUAA